AUGGCAUACCCUGGCAUAUGUCAGGACGUACUCGCCAUAUUUGGAUCAACUUUCUACCUUCUAUGGCAGCUUCCACAUCCAGCCGACUGUCCUGGACAGGAGCCAGAGGGAGAAGAGGACCAAGAAAAAGCUUUGACCCCUGAGGAGAAACGGGUCCUGGAAAGGAAGAUGAAGAAAAUCCUGAAAAAGGAAGAGAAGAAGAGGCUGAAAGCAGAAGGACAGACCAAGCCGAAAACUCCAGAACCUAGUCAGAGUGCAUGGAAGCAUUCCUUGGAGUACCUCGACUGUUGGUUAAAGAAACGUUCAGCGUGGAAGUUCCAGAAGAACAGGCAGACGUGGUUACUGCAAAACAUGUACGACUCUGAAAAGAUCCCAGACGAUGUGUUUUCAGUUCUGCUUCAGUACCUGGAGGGGCUGUGUGGAACAGCGAAGGAUAUAACGGUCCAGAAGGCCUUAAAGCUGGUGGAAGAAUCUGGAGAUGCACCAAACGAUGCAGUUGUCCAGCAGAGAGCCAGAGAAGUGAUCCAGCUUUUAUCCUGACCCUUGGGAACCACUGGAAUGGAUGAGAUAACACAGGAAGACACUGAAAGAAGGGCCGGGUCUCCUGCCUGGAACUGCUGCUCUCUGGAAAUAAUUCAUUUAAAGGCUCACGUGUCUGUCUGUGCUACUACAGUCUAUAAAGACCAAUAUUUUCCUAAAUGUUUUUACCUUCAUAUAAUUCUUUGAUCAUUUUCUGAAAACAAUAAUAUAGUUUUCCGGUGUUGAAUGUCUUCAAUAAGAUGGAGAUGAAAUCUUCGGAGGGGGGUGGAACGCUAAGAAACUAGUGGAGGUAAAAGUAGUCAGGAAUGCUUAUGGUUGAGACAUGUUGAUGCAAGUCAGACGUGUAUUCAGUCCAGUCCAGCUGAUGACUCUUCCUGACACGGGAGAAAAUAUUCUGUGAAACCAACUCAGACCCUCAGCCUACAUGAUGUUCACACAGCCUCAUUAUGUAGAGUUUCAUCUGUUCAAUGAUGCAGAUCCACAUUUUAGAUCAAAUGUUUACACAAACUUAUCGACAGGCUGGAACGCUUUAUUUUAAAUAAUUUAUUAGAGAUGCUUUAGCUUUUCUUUGUCUUUUUAAAAAAGAUCUGGUGUUACUUUUUUGGGGAAAUUUAAAUUUUCUCCAAUCCGUAAAAGUUCAGCAAUAUACAUUUAGGCUCUCAGUCCAUGUAGAUGUUUCUCUCAGCUGCAGACAGUUACUCUGGAGCUAAGUGUUCUUAUUUUCUGAAGGUGAUAGAAAAAUUUGACUAAAAUGUUGGAAAUGCUGCAUAAAAGUGAGUUUGUACUACGGCCUGAAUGACACCAGGGUUUUCCUGAGAGCUGAAACCAAAAUGCAUCUUUUCUCUAACACACGUGGAUCUUGAAGAUUUGGCUAAAAAUGGUCAGGAGAUUUGUGCUUCCUUUUGCUCACUGCAUGGUUUAGAUCAGUCCUCCAAAU